CAAGAGGAGGGAAAAGAAUAAUCAAAGAGUCUGCUUAGAUGGAGGAGCAACAGGCAAUGGAUCCCAAAGGUUGGCGUGUGGAACUAAAUGAUGGCCACUUCAUUCCUGUACUGGGAUUUGGCACCUCUGCACCUGAUGAGGUUCCUAAAAGCAAAACUGUGGAGGUCACCAAAUUAGCUAUAGAGGCUGGGUUCCACCAUUUCGAUUCUGCUUUUAUAUACAAUAAUGAAAAGGAGGUUGGACAGGCCAUCCGAAGCAAAAUUGAAGAUGGCACUGUGAAGAGAGAAGACAUAUUCUACACUUCAAAGCUUUGGUUGACUUUCCUUAGACCAGAGUUGGUUCAACCAGCCUUGGAAAACUCUCUGAGGAAACUUCAACUGGACUAUGUUGAUCUCUAUAUUAUUCAUUAUCCAGUGGCUUUGAAGCCAGGGGAAGAAAUUCUUCCAAAAGAUGAACAUGGAAAACUAAUAUAUGACACAGUGCAUCUCUGUGCCACAUGGGAGGCCAUGGAGAAGUGUAAGGAUGCAGGACUGACCAAGUCCAUCGGGGUGUCCAACUUUAACCGCAGGCAGCUGGAGAAGAUCCUGAACAAGCCAGGGCUCAAGUACAAGCCCGUCUGCAACCAGGUGGAAUGUCAUCCUUAUCUCAGCCAGAGCAAACUGUUGGAUUUCUGCAAGUCAAAAAAUAUUGUUCUAGUUGCCUAUGGUGCUUUGGGAACCCAACGUAUAAAGGGAAGGGUAGACCAGAACUCCCCGGUUCUCUUGGAUGAUCCAGUUCUUUGUGCCAUGGCAAAAAAGUAUGAGCGAACUCCAGCACUGAUUGCCCUUCGCUACCAGCUACAGUGUGGGGUUGUGGUCCUGGUCAAGAGUUACAAUGAGAAGAGGAUCAAAGAGAACAUACAGGUUUUUGAAUUCCAGUUGUCUUCAGAGGACAUGAAAGUCCUAGAGGGCCUAAACCGAAAUUUUCGAUAUGUUCUUUUUAAAAAUGUUGCUGACCACCCUGAGUAUCCAUUUUCUGAUGAAUAUUAACACAGAGCCCUUUAUGCUGACUUCUACCAGAAGCUCUGCAUGCAGACAAUGAAGCAGCAAAUGUCUCAGAUGUUGGUGAUCAUACACAUCAGCAUGGGUUCCAUCCACGCUGCUUAGCAAUUCAUCCUCAGCUAGACUCAACUCCAUAGGUCAGGAAGGAAAAGCACUCAAUUUUUGUCACUUUCUGUAAAAAUUAAAGUGUUUUUGCCCUAAAA